GAUGGUUCCAUUAGGAUACCAGUAAGUUCAAAUAGAGGAAUACAUCAUUAGUUCUUUCACAAAGGUGACUGGACCGGCAGAGCAAUUUCUACCCAGUGCAUGGGUCAUAUUAAAAGGAGAAGGGUUGGUGUUCCAGGCCUUAUCAAAACACUUAUACUGGAAGGGGUCUGGGUUGACUAAUCCAUCCUUGAUGAGUGCUAUCCUGGUGUGCUCAGCCUGGAUAUAUUCUAGAAAAAUGAAAGGCUGCCCUGUGAAUAAACAGGGCGUAUCUUUUGUUACAAUUAAAAGAGUGAAGCCCGUAUUUGAAGGCCAUAAACUGUCAUAGUUAAAAUUGUUGAUGUUGUAAGCUGUGGCAGUUAAAAGAGUUGGAGACAUAAACUAUAGUGAGUAAAAUAGUGGAAGAUACAAAUUAUGCUAGAUAAGAGUGGGUGAGUAAAUUUGACCGCAGAAAAUAUGUUUCACUAUAGUGUCUUGGUUUCUAAAUCAUAUAUAUAAGGUGGUCGCCAGGGAAAUAUUCCCAAUUAUUCAGUAUACCCAAGUCAACUGGGUUUUAUAGAAAUUUUAAUUAAUAAUACAAUGAGUAAUUAAAGGAAAGAGAGAAAAAGGAAAUAAGUAUGAAGGGCCUUAAGCCAACAUGGCCUAUACCUGAGUCUUAAGAGAGAGAGAUAAGUCAGUCAGUCUUUUAUCACUCACCACAAGGUCUGUCUUAAGCAAGGAUGUCUGGGGAACAGAGUCUCCCCAGAGGGAGUUCCAGCCAGAGUCAGCUUCCCAAGGGACUUCUUCUCAAGAGAUCUUCAAAGGGCCUCCUCCAAAAGGAUCUAUCUCCAAGGAUCCAAGGAUCUCCUUGCUCAAGAGAUUCCUUUUCUUAUAUAGGGGUUUUUUUUCCUAUGUCACCUCCCCUAAGUUCUUCCAUCUACCAAUCACCGUAGAUGUUUUCUAAAAGACAGCCCAUCUGAAUUCCAGCUAAGUUGACUAAUCCCCUCAGUAUGUCUGAACCAGAGAAAACACUGCUGUGUUGACUAAUCCCCUCAGUAAGUCUGAACCAGAGAAAACACAACUGAGUCGACUAAUCCCAUCAAGAGAAAACCUGCCCGACCUUUAUAGGUACCUAGCAUCCCAUUGUAUCAAUUCUAAAAACAGGCAUGGCUCAAAGAACUCACUGCCUCAUCAUAAGCAUGGAUCCAAGUACGUUCAUUGUUUAGCAAGGAGUUUUCUCCCCUAAAGCAGUCUUAAGUACGGGUGGAGUAGAGGUCCUCCCAUUUCUGAUCCUGGCGAGUUCUCACAUCAAAAUGGGGAAUGUUUCCAGUAGGGAAUUUGUUCCAAUGGAAGAUUCCUCAAUGUGGAAAUUUUUAACAUUCACAAGUCUGAGAAAUUUCAAGAUUUACAUUUUAAAGGUAUCCCAUAGGGGAGUAGCCAAAAUUGGAGUGGGUGCAAAUCUCCUUCAACCCUCAGGUCUUGAGUAUGCCUCAGAGGCACUGAGACUUUGGGCUAGAGGCUUGGGGUUCUCUCUGCUUUGAGGGUGCUUCAUGUACACCCAACAGUCAGAGGGACCUACUUUGGGCUACUGCUUCCCCAAGUUGAAUCAGAGAAUUAUCUGUCCAGCUGACUGGGUAUGCAUGAUUUAAAAUACCAAAAAAGAUCCAGAAUGUAAGGAAAGAGAUUGUCAAUGGCUAAAGCAAGAGAGAUUCAAUAUAAUAAGGAGGGAGCGAUGUUGCUACUUAUUCCAAAGUGUCCUUAGAUUGGGUCUCUCCGGGGGAGAGAAAUUUGAAAUCUUCCAGUGGCUCACAGUAAUAAGUGGCUUCUGUUCCCCCUUCAAUACCUGUUUCUGGAGGGAUAAAGGGUUUACAAUGAGAGACAUGAGUCCAUGUAUUCUGCCCCUCUAGUUUUCCCGCUGUGUGGUUGGAUAGAAUGACUUGAUGGGGUCCCUCCCAUCAAGGUGUUAGUUGGUUUGAUCCACUUCAUGUUUUCAGGUAUACCAAAUCUCCUAUUUGGGCUGGGUGGAGGGAUUCCUCUGUAUCCUUUCUUGUGGGUUUGUGGAGGAUUUGAUUAGCAUAUUCUCUCAGAAUUUGGUGGAUCAGUGUGAAUUGUUUAGAAAACCGAACAAGGCUGUGAAUUUAUGUAUCUAAAGGAACAUCAGAGCUUAGAAAAGGUCUCCCAUAAAGCAGUUCAAGUGGGCUUAACCCUAAAUUUGCCUGAGGAGCAAUCAUGAUUCUGGUUAGGACAGUUGGGAGAGGUUGGAUUCAAUCAAUCUUUGCCUCCUCACAGAGUUUGGUGAGGGCUCUUUUUAGGGUCUGAUUCAUACAUUCUGUUUUCCUUGAAGAUUGGGGGUUCCAGGCCAAGUGUAAAUUAUAAGUAGUGUCCAAUGCCUUGGAAACCAUCUGUGUGAUCUGUGAAAUAAAGGCGAGGCCAUUAUCACUCUGAAGAGUUUUUGGAAGGCUAAACCUAGGGAUGAUUUUAUUAAGUAAGGCCUUUGUGACAUCUUGUGCUUUCUCUGAUCUGGAGGGGAACCCUUCAGGCAUAAAGGUGUCAACACAGACUAAAAGGAUCUUAUACCUUUUGCAAGGUGGCAGUAAAAUCUAUCUGCCAAUCCUUACCAAGUGAUUCCCCUCUCCUUUGAGUGGGCUUAAGGAGGGGAGGUGGUCUAAGAGCUCCAACGCUGUUAGUUUGGGCACAGAGGGCACAGCAUCUGCAGACCUCCCAGAUGUUUUUUUAGAGGUGCCUUUGCCUGUGAAAAGUGGUCUCAUCAAAGUGGUUAGUGCUUCCCUGCCCAAGUGUGUGGAGUUAUGUAAUCCCAUAACCAGUUUCCACAUUAAGUUCCUAGGGAGGAGCAGUGGUCCAGAGGGAGAACACCACCACUCGCUGUCUUCACGGGUAAAUCCCUGAAGUUCUGCCUGUGCAAUUUCCUCCUCUAUAUAUGAAGGGGAAAUGCCCAUUGGUACUGUGGGGUGUAGUGGAGUUAGGGUCCGAGCAGUCAAAGAAGUGGCUCAUGCAGCCUCUUUGGCGGCUAGGUCUGCCCUAUGAUUCCCUCGGGCUGCGUUGGAAUCUAGACCUUGAAGUUCUUGGCAGUGGAUGGCAGCAAUUUUGCUAGAUAAAGAGACUGCCUCGAGUAAGCUCAGGAUUUUCUUCCCAUGUUUCAAGCGAGAAGUUUUGGAAGUUAAUAAACCCCUUUCUUUCCAUAUGGCUUCAUAGGUGUGUAAAAUGUGAAAGGCUUAUUUCGAGUCAGUGUAUACAUUUGCCUUUUUCCCUUCAGUGAGCUACAACUCUCUCGUGAGGGCAAUCAGCUCUACUUUUUGUGCCGAAGUCCCAGGGGGAAGUCCCUUUGCUUCAAUUAUGGCUGUCUGUGACACUACUGAGUAACCUGCUUUCCUCAUCCCAUCUUCCAUAAAGGAGGUGCCAUCUGUAAACCAGUCCAUCUCCACUUCACGGAGAGGAGAAUCUUUGAGGUCUGGUCUGCUUGAAAAGGUGUGGUCUAUCAACUUCUCACAGUCAUGGGGGAUGGGGUCUCCUGGAAGAGGAAGGAGGACAGCUGAAUUCAGUGUCCUGCAUACCUUUAUGGUAAGGCUGGGUGUGUCCAGCAAAAGAGUUUGGUAUUUACUGAGACGGCCCCCCUGUGAUCCAUCUGUGAAGUCUAGUCUCCAGAAUACUAAGGCCCCAAUGGGGGGGGGUGUCAGAAUUUCUAGGGGUUGACCCAGAGUUAGUUUAAAUGCCUCUUCUGCCAUGAGAACCGUGGCAGAGAUUGCUCUCAAGCAUGGUGGCCACCCUUUGCUAACUAAAUCUAGCGGUUUGGUAAAAUAGGCCACUCGAUGCAGGUCAGGUCCUAGGUACUGAGCUAAAACUGCUAGGUUGAACUGCUUUCUCUCAUCCAUAAACAAGAAAAAUGGCUUUUCAAGGUCUGGAAUCCCUAAGGCUGGGGUAGAAGAGAGCCGAGUUUUUUAAAGUGAAAAGGCUUGUUCUUGGUCUCACUCUCAAUCUAGGGGUUCUGAAUCAGGCCCCUUCAUGGACUCAGAGAGAGGUGUUGUAAUUAUCCCAAAAUCAGGGAUCCAAAUGCAACCAAACACUACCAUACCCAGAAAAGUUUGGAGCUGUCUUUUGGUGGAGGGGACAGGAAUGGACAGUUUAGCCUGUUUCCUGUCUGUGGUCAGAGAGUGGGAAUUUGGGGUUAAUAUGUGUCCCAAAUAAGUUAUAGACUGGGAGACAAGUUGGGCUUUAGAGGCAGAGACCUUGUAACCCCAUUCUCCUAGGAAGGUUAGGGUGAAAUUGUGUCUGUGAGACAAGCAGCCUCAGAUGGACUCGAUAUCAAACUGUCAUCAACAUACUGUAAUAUUGAACGGCUUGUCAGUUUUAGGGCUCUGAGAUCUUUAUUGAGGGCAGCCCCAAAGUAGUGUGGACCAUCCCUUGGGCCCUGAGGGAGUACUUUCCAUGUGAAUUUUGGGGUCAGGGUUCUGAGGGGAAGACCCACUCAAACAAAAAAAGGAAUCUGCAUUCUGGGUACAAAGGUAUGCAAAAGAAAGCAUCUUUCAAGUCAAUGACAGAAAACCACUGAGAAUUUCCUGGUAUUUUAGUUAAAAUUGUAUAUAGGUUAGGAACAAUGGGAUAACAGAAAUUAUUGCUUCAUUAAUAUGCCCAGGGUCUUGAACCAUAUGCCAAGUCCCAUUUGUUUGUUUUUUCCCACUGGGAGGAGGGAGGGGAGAAUUGCAAGGUGAGGAACAAUUCUCCAAGAGACCAUGGGCUAGGAAUUUAUCAAAGAGAGGUUGUAAUUCUUUUCUGGCCUCUGGGGAAAUGGGAUAUUGCCUCCUAUGUGGAUAAGGAGAAUCAGGCUUGAGGUUUAUCAUGAUAAGAUUCACAUGAAUGGCUCUUCCCAGAAUGGAAGGUACUUUCUCCCAGAUUUCUGAUGAGAUUGUUGGAGGCUUUUGCAAGGGAGGGGUUAGGGAAGUUAGAGUUGAGAUAAGGGAGAAUUGGGAGCCUAGCUUACUUAUAAUAUCCUUAUCCAGUAAAGGACAUGGGAAAGAAGGAAAAAUCAGGAAUAUAUGUUGAAAUGAUUUGUCUUCAUGGGCACAGGUUAGGGGUGCCAUUUCUCUACAGCUGAGUGUCUUUCCCCCACUCCAAUUACCUUAUGCUAUGAAUGGAAUGUAGGGCCAUUGUGAGUUUGAAGAAUAGAAUUUGUAGCUCCAGUAUUAAUUAAAAAGGUAUUUAGUUCUUUUACCUUCAGCCUCUAGAGUAACUUUGGGUUCGGUCAUGAUGAUAGAAACUGGAAGCAGGCAAACCUUAGGGCAUCGCUAUUCCAAGUCCUCAGAAGACUGGAGGUUAGGGAAGUGCCUUUUGGGCCACUGGAGUCUCUGUCUGGAGGGGCACUGUUGUUUCCAGUGUCCCCAUUGCCCAUGAGCUAGUAAUGGAGUCACAGGCAGUCUUUCCUUCGAAGGACAGUCCUGUGACCAAUGCCCAUCCAGUCUGCAGAUGUAGCAAGAGCCCUUUGGCCUCUGCCCAUGGGUCAGAGAGGUUAGAGCCGCUGUGAGUUGUUUCUCACAUUUCUGUCCUUCUGUCUCAACAAGGUCCCUGUUGUGUAGAAACCUUAAAAGCAGCAUCUAUUAAUUGGUUUAUUGGAGUCCGAGGUCCCAGAUCCAGGUUUUGCAAUUUUUACCUGAUGUCUGGAGCUGACCUAUAAAAUGAAGGCAAGGGCUUCAAGACUUCCGGAUAAACAUGGAGGUAGUCUAGACACAGGACUCUUUCUCUCCUCAGCACUCACUAAUAUAGACUACCUCAAAAGACCAAAAAAACCAAAUUCAUGUGAAUGAAGGAACUCUACAGUAGGGUACAGUAUUGAAGGUACUUGGGAUUUGGGCAUUUCUACACUAUAAGGGGGUAAAAAAGCUCCUGCCAAAAUGAGAGCUGAUCUACCCUCCCCCAUCUCACCUACAGAGUCAGAGUCAGAGCCAAUGCGUGCCAGAAUCAGCAAGUGAGUGAGGGGCACCUCUAGAGGGGGUAAGGGGUACCUCUAGGUCCUUGGGAGCUGACUAAAACCACCAAAGACCUACCCCUGAGAGCAGUUACACCUGAAACCCCAGCAGGCUGAAGAGCACAGACCGUGGGCGCUCGUGGGAAGCUAGCACAGAGAAGAGCUGCAAACAGCAGAAGCUCAGAGACUUGAGAGAUUGCCUCAGGCAAAAUCCUUGCUCCUUAACUCUAUACACAGAGAACCUGCCCAUCUCACUCAGAUUUUUGACUAAAAAGGGAAGGAAAAACCUCCACAGUGAUGGCAAAUUGUGCCCAGGAACAACAGCCUCCCUCCAUCAAGAAAAACAAGAAGAAAGGGUUGACCCUGGAAAAUUUUUAUAGAGGAAAACCCCAGGCUACAGAGGAUAUACGGGAGGAAAUACAAAUAAAUGCACCAAAACCAUUUAAAAAAAUGGAAAUAGUGCACAAGCUCUUGAAGAAUUUAAAUUGGAGCUUAUCAAAAAGAAAGCCUUCUGGCAAGAAAAGUGGGAAAUAGUUCAAAGAGAAAAUAGCAGUUUAAAGACAAGAACUCUCUAUUGGAGAAACAGCUGGAAGCCACGAAAAGCAGGAUAGACCGAACUGAAAAGGAAAACCAGUCUUUAAAGACCAGAAUUAGGCAACUGGAAGACAAUGAUCUUGCAAAACAGCAAGAAUUCAUAAAGCAAAGUCAAAAGACUGACAAAAUAGUAGAAAACAAAAUAAGGAUUCCCAUUAUCACCGCUGUUAUUUAACUUUGUACUAGAAACACUGGCAGUAGCCAUUAGAGAAGAAAAGGAAAUUGAAGGUAUUAAAUUUGUCAAUGACAAGACUAAGCUAUCACUCUUUGCGGAUGAAAUGAUGGUCUACUUAAAGAAUCCUAGAGAAUCAACUUAAAAAGCUAGUGGAGAUAAUCAACAACUUCAGCAAAGUUGCAGGAUAUAAAAUAAACCCACAUAAGUCAUCAUCAUUUCUGUAUAUCUCCAACACAUCUCAGCAGCAAGAAUUAGAAAGAGAAAUUCCAUUUAAAAUCACCCUAGACAAUAUAAAAUACUCAGGAAAUAUCUGCUGAGACAAAAACAGGAACUAUAUGAACACAACUACAAAACACUCUCCACACAAUUAAAACUAGAUCUAAACAAUUGGAAAAACAUUCAUUGCUCAUGGGUAGGACAAGCUAACAUAAUAAAAAUGACCACAAACUUAUUUACUUAUUUAGUGCCAUACCCAUUGAACUGCCAAAAAACUUUUUUUACUGAAUUGGAAAAAACCAUAACAACGUUCAUUUGGAAGAACAAAAGAUCAAGGAUAUCCAGGGAAAUAAUGGAAAAAAAAUGUGAAGGAAGGUGGCCUUGCAGUACCAGAUCUCAAACUAUACUAUAAAGCAGUGGUCAUCAAAACAAUAUGGUCCUGGCGAAAAAACAGAAAGGAUCAGUGGAAUAGACUUGGGGUAAGUGACCUCAGCAAGACAGUCUAUGACAAGCCCAAAGAUCCCAGCUUUUGGAACAAAAAUCCACUGUUUGAUAAAAACUGCUGGGAAAAUUGGAAGACAGUGUGGGAGAGAUUAGGUUUGGAUCAGCACCUCAUACCCUUCACCAAGAUACACUCAGAAUGGGUGAAUGACUUGAACAUAAAGAAGGAAACUAAGUAAAUUAGGUGAACAUAGAAUAGUAUACAUGUCAGACCUUUGGGAAGGGAAAGAUUUUAAAGCCAAGCAAGACAUAGAAAAAGUCACAAAAUGUAAAAUCAAUCAUUUUGAUUACAUCAAAUUAAAAAGUUUUUGUACAAACAAAACCAAUGUAACCAACAUUAGAAGGGAAGUAACAAAUUGGGAAAUAAUCUUCAUAACAAAAACCUCUGACAAAGGUCUAAUUACUCAAAUUUACAAAAAGCUAAAUCAAUUUACAAAAAAAUCUAGCCAUUCUCCAAUUGAUAAAUGGGCAAGGGACAUGAAUAGGCAAUUUUCAGUCAAAGAAAUCAAAACUAUUAAUAAGCACAUGAAAAAGUGUUCUAAGUCUUAUAAUCAGAGAGAUGCAAAUCAAAAGAACUUUGAGGUAUCACCUCACACCUAGCAGAUUGGCUAACAUAACCACAACAGAAAGUAAUGAAUGCUGGAGGGGAUGUGGCAAAGUCAGGACAUUAAUGCAUUGCUGGUAUAGUUGUGAAUUGAUCCAACCAUUCUGGAGGGCAAUUUGGAACUAUGCCCAAACGGUGCUAAAAGACUGCCCUUUGAUCCAGCCAUAGCACUGCUGGGUUUGUACCCCAAAGAGAUAAUAAGGAAAAAGACCUGUACAAGAACAUUCAUAGCUGAGCUCUUUGUGGUGGCCAAAAAUUGGAAAACGAGCGGAUGCCCAUCAAUUGGAGAAUGGCUGAACAAAUUGUGGUAUAUGUUGGUGAUGGAAUACUAUUGUGCUCAAAGGAAUAAUAAAGUGGAGGAAUUCCAUGGAGACUAGAACAACCUCCAGGAAGUGAUGCAGAGUGAGAGGAGCAGAACCAGGAGAACAUUGUACACAGAAACAGAUACACUGUGGUAGCAUCGAAUGUAACUGACUUCUCCAUUAGUGGCAAUGCAGUGUCCUGAACAAGUUGGAGGAAUGUAUGAGAAAGAACAUUAUCCACAUCCAGAGGAAAACCUAUGGGAGUAAAAACACCAAAGAAAAACAACUGCUUGAUUACAUGGGUCAAUGGGGAUAUGAUUGGGGAUAUAGACCCUAAAGGAACAUCCUAGGGCAAACAUCAACAGCAUGGAAAUAGGUUCUGAUCAGACACAUGUAAUACCCAGUGGAAUUGCAUGUCGGCUAUGGGAAGGGCGGGGGGAGGGAAAAAUAAAAUGUGAUUUUUGUAACCAAGGAAUAAUGUUUGAAGUUGACCAAAUAAAAUAAAAAAUUAAAAAAAAUAAAAUGGAGGCGUAAGAUAAUUGCUCCCUCAAUAGUCUCUAGGUGGACAUUUGUAUAUUGCUUCAUGGCCUUCUCCAGCCUUGUCUUUUUUUAGAGCAUAAGAGUUAUUUUGGAGCAGUGGGUGCCCUCCUAGAGCUGUUGAAAUUGCCCUGAUCUGUUGUCUGAAAUUACUACCAGAAUCUUCCACAAUCACAACAGAAUAUGGAGACUUUUUUCCCAUUAGAAAAAAAGAGAUGUAUUCCAGUGGCUUUUAUAAUAAUAGAGUAUGACCUGAAUCAAAGUGAGAGAAAAGACAGAUGUAUUUUUCAAGUUGUGAGUGAAGAGAAAUCUUGCUCUCCCCUAAGAGAAACCUCUCAAAGAAGCAAAUAUAGAUGGGUAGACUGUGCCCAUUCAUUAAGUAUCCUCUAUUUAAAUUCCUUCAGUAAAGUCAGGUCAAACCUGCAAAAAAAAAAAUCUGCUUCCAGCUAUCUGCAUAAUAAUCCUGUAAGGUUAAUUCUCAUUAUUUCACUCUUGAGGAAACAGACAAAUAGAGAUUAAGUGACUUUUCAGAGUAACAUAGCAUGUAAGUGUCUGAGAUGGGAUUGGAAAUCAGAUCUUCAUGAAUUUCUUCCAUUUUGUAACCACUAAUGUUGCCUUUGUGUACCCAUCUUCCCAUAAUCCCCUCCAACACUGAUUGUUUCCCAAUUUUUUUCUUUUUGACAUUUUUAUGAGUAUGAGAUGAAGCCUCAGCCCUGUUUUGGUUCCUGUUUCUCUUGAUUAGUGACUUAGACAAUUUUCCAUGUGGCCACGAAUCCUCAGCAUUUCUUUGGAAAACUCUUUGUUCUGAUCCUUUGACUAUCUCCUGGAGAAUGGCUCUUGGUCCUGGGUCUACAAAUUCUCUGGAUACCAGACCCAUUUCAGAGAAACUGGAUCCCAAAAUUUGUCUCAUUCAUGCAAUUUUGCUCUUAUCCUGGAUGCAUGAAUGUUGUCUGUGCAGAAGAUUUUUGGGUUUAAGUUAUCAAACUUUUCCCUUUUUUUGAUAAUUGACUUGGUCAACAUGGAAAUAUAGAAAUCCCUAGUUUAUUUAGUUUGAGGGUGGAAACCCCAGUUUUUGACCUUGUCACAGGAGAGGUUUCCCCCUGAGGGAAGGUCCCACUUCACCAGACAAUAGACAUCCACUUCAGCUUUGGCGCAGUAGAUAGCAAGUCAGUCUCUCAAGCUGAAGUCCCUGAUCCUCGGAAGGAGGGUGUGAUGUACUGGGAAAGGCUUCUGGAGACAAAAAAGCUACUUGACUUCAGAUGGGAUCUACCUCCUCACGUGAAGUGGAUGUCUGUUGUCUGGUGAAGUGGGACCUUCCCUCAGGGGAAAAUCUCUCCAGUGACAAGGUCAAAAUCUGGGAUUUCCACCCUCAAACUAAAUAAACUAGGGAUUUCUAUAUUUCCAUGUUGACAACUCUUAUCUUGAAUUCAAUUAAGAAUUUGUGUCUUAGAACUGCAAAGUAAAACAACUCAGAGGCACCAACUCACAGCUGUCAAUUAAGACAGAAAAAGAAAAUGAUCAAUUCAGAGAUAUGUGAAAACUAGGACACCCAUGCACUGUUGGUGGAGUUGUGAAUUGAUCUACCACCAUUCUGAGGAGCAAUUUGGAACUCUUCCCAAAGGGCUAUAAAACAAACUGUGUAUAACCUUUGGUAUAGGCAUGUAUUCCAAAGAGAUCCCAAGAGGGGGAAAGAUAUUGAUAUAGCAGUUCUUUUUGUGAUAGUAAAGAAAUUAGAAAUGGAAGAAUAUUCCUUAACUGGGGAAUGACCCCAAAAGUUUUGGUGUAUAAUUAUAAUGUAACCCUGUUGGGCUAUGAGAAAUAACAAGCAGGAUCAUUUCAGUGAAACCUGGGAAGACUUCCAUGAACUAAUGCAAAGUAUGAACAGAUCCAGGAAAACAUUUUAUAUGAUAAGAGCAACAUUGUAUGGUCAGUAGCUGUGAAAGACUCAGCUAUUCUCAACAAUUCAUGUUCUAAGACAAUCUCAAAGGACUCUUGAUGAGAAAAACCAUCUGCUUCCAGAGAAAGAACUGAUGAACUCUGAAUUCAGACCAAAACACUUUUUUCUUCUUGUUUGUUUGGGGUUCUUUUGGUUUGAGAUUUUUUUUCCCAAAGAUGACUAAUAUGGAAAAAUAGUUUACAUGAUUGCACAUGUAAAAUCUAGAACAGAUUGAUUGCUCUCUUGAGGAGGGGGAAAGGAGAGCGGGAGAGAAUUUGGAACUCAGUUUCCAGCUUGUGAGUGAGGAAUCUUUUCUAGUUUGCUCAAUAAAGUUUUUAUGUUCCUGGGGCUUAAAAAGUUCAGAUAAAAGAAUUUCUACAUCCUCAAAAUCUAGUUCAUAGAGGUGGAACGCUCUUUUUAGUUCUUUAAUUGCGAGAUAAAGCUCUAAUAAUUUAGGCACGCGUUUACAUAUAGACUCUUAAGUCAUGGGUGGUGAGUGACUUAUGAACAUGCAAAGGCAUGUAAGAUGACAGAAUUAUCAGUGACCUUAGCUACAUCAUGCCAAGGCAUAAUCUUUUGAAUCUUUGAUGCAUUUGCAAGAUUGUUAGUAGAUGCAUUAAGUGGUACUUUGUUUUGUGCUUGUAUGUUAUUGGCAAGGUCAUUUCCCCCUACUGUCCCUAAUGGUGUCACAGUAUUAGUAUUAGUAACUACAUCGUCCUUAUUAGUCUGUCCCAUCAUGUCUCCAGUCUCCAUGUUGGCUCCCUUCUCCAUGCCUUGUUUUCUCUGCAUGUAAUCCUGGCAUAUCUCAGUUAUAAUAGGGAUCUGACCAAACAAUGCCUCUAAUCUAUUAUCGAUGACUAGAGCAUGUAUAGCUUUCUUUUGGAAGAUCAAGUUGGCACCAGCUUUGAUAUUCUUUUAAGAUGUUAGUCACUGACACAAACACCAGAUAAAUUUGGGGGUUUGAUUUGACAGCGGUAAUUCACAUCUAGAUAAUUCAUUGGUAAUUGUGUCCAUCCCAUAGUCAUGUUGGUUAAUGUCUCCAGAACAUUGUCUAUCAUCCCUGCCACUGUAUUAUAAAUGAGACAGUAGCCCCAAUAAAUGGCAAUUAUUCCUACCACAGCAGACCACAGUAUUAGUUGUAACAUGUUUCCCAUUAGAUCUUUACCUGCCAGGAGUUAACAGUUAGAAAAUGGUUGUUAUCCCCACAAGCUUUGCUUCUAGACAGGAUCUAAGAUGGCUAGAUCCUAUAAACUGACAGCCCUAAUACAGCCUCCCUUUUACAGUACCCUCUCUUCCUCAGUUUUCCAACUGACCAAAGUGGCAGUUGGUGACUGGCUUCUACUCCUCCCACCAGGAAUCAAGAUGUUUUUGAUCCUAUGAGGAAACCCCUAGGUAGAGACAGUGACUAUGACUGCUAGCCUCAGGAGUUAACAACUGACAAUUGAUGACAGUUGGUGACAGUUAAUCACUAAAGCUUUUUUUUUUUUAACGGGGCUCUAUUAAAUCCUGGAGUGCCAGUUGAAAUCGAGGGGUUCAGUCUUUCAGAAUUGAGAGAGAGGAGAAGAGUGGAGACUCCCCUUCUCAAAGUGGGUUUCUGGGGAGACAGCUGAUGUUUAGGGUUGGCUCAGAGAGAGGAGAGGGGAUUUGAAGAGUUUCCCCUUUUGCCUUCCCUCCUUAGCUAUGGCUGCUCUCCCAGAUUUGCUCUUGUCCCUCUUGUCCCCUCUCCACUACUUGAGACCAAAGGGUCUCCCCUUGAUCUGUUCACUCACACUUGAUUCACAGCUUGGGGAAAAGAUAAAUAUUUUAAUGUAAACUCAAUCAAGAUAAUACAAAGGAAUAACUGGCAGGGAAAGAAUUGGAACGGAAAGUGGGGAAAGGGGAUCCUGUCUCUAACUAACCCCUUUUUCCUCUCACCUUGAGCUUGGGGGGAACUCAGGCUUUGGCAGCCUAACACCCCCCGCCCAAGAGAAAGUCAGGUUGACUCACCCUGGGUUUGGCCCCUUGGCCACAGUUCAGAUCCAGACAACAGGAGCUGAGGUAAAGUCUGACAGAGAUUCAAAAUGCCUUUCUCAGGUUUCUCUUCAAUAGUCUUUUUCAAUUGGAAAGUGUUGGGGGGAAAGAUUUCCAGUCAGAAAGUGGUUAACCCUCAGGAGAAAGUCUUAUUCAACCUUCUCUCUUCAGCUUCUCUCCACUGAGAGACCAACUGCACUCUCAGCCAGAAUCUUCUCCUCUGGAUUCCCCAUCUCCUGGGGCCCUUCCCCCAUUGAGGUGAUCAGUUCCACACAUUCUUGAGCAUGACACUUUUUUUUUUAGUGCCCACUUCUGUCACAGGUCAAAGAUUGUUUUUUGCCUGUUGGGGAAUCCCCAGAGCUUAGCACAGGGCCUGGGGCAGAACAGGUGCUGAAUGUAGAGGGAAUGGAAUCGAACAUUUCUGGUCCUUGAGAUGCCCUGGGCAUGUCCCUGUCUUCUCUGUAUACACCUGCUCUUCUCCCCUGUGGCCCUGUAGUCCAACACAAGAAGCAUCCUCCUGGAGUAGAUGGGCAAUCAUUAAAAAUUAUUAUGCCCAAUUAUAUGGCAAUAUGUGGAAAUGUAGGUGAUAUGGAUGAAUAUUUACAAAAAUAUAAAUUGUCUAGACUAACAGAGGAAGAAAUAGAAUUCUUAAAUAAUCCCAUAUCAGAAAAAGAAAUUGAACAAGACAUCAGACAACUGCCUAAGAAAAAAUCCCCAGGACCAAAUGGAUUCACAAAUGAAUUUUAUCAAACAUUCAAAGAACAACUAAUCCCAAUAUUAUACAAACUAUUUCACAGAAUAAUCAAAGGAGGAGUUCUACCAAAUUCCUUUUACGAACACAAAUUGGUACUGAUUUCAAAGUCAGGUAGGUCAAAAACAGAGAAAGAAAACUACAGACCAAUCUCCUUAAUGAGCAUAGAUGCCAAAGAUCUUAAAUAGGAUACUAGCAAAAAGACUCCAGCAAGUGAUCACAAGGGUUAUUGUGAUCAGGUAGGAUUUAUUCCAGGAAUGCCAGGAUGGUUCAAUAUUAGGAAAACCAUCCACAUAAUUGAGCAUAUUAACAAGCAAACUGACAAAAAUCCCCUGAUUAUCUCAAUAGAUGCAGAAAAAGCCUUUCACAAAAUACAACACUCAUUCCUAUUGAAAACACUAGAAAGUAUAGGAAUAGAAGGGCCUUUCCUAAAAAUAAUAAACAGAAUCUAUCUAAAACCAUCAGCCAACAUCAUCUGCAAUGGGGAUAAACUAGAAGCCUUCCCAAUAAGAUCAGGAGUGAAACAAGGAUGCCCAUUAUCACCUCUAUUAUUUAAUAUUGUACUAGAAACACUAGCAGUAGCAAUUAGAGAAGAAAAAGAAAUUGAAGGUAUUAAAAUUGACAAUGAGGAGACCAAACUAUCAUUCUUUGCAGACGACAUGAUGGUCUACUUAAGGAAUCCUAGAGAUUCAACCAAAAAGCUAGUCGAAAUAAUCAACAAUUUUAGCAAAGUUGCAGGAUACAUCCUAAUGCAAACACCAACAACAUGGAAAUGGGUUCUGAUCAAGGACACAUGUAAUACCCAGUGCAAUUGCGCAUUGGUUAUGGGAGGGGUGGGAGGAAUAGAAAAGGAUUUUUGUAACCAAGGAAUAAUGUUUGAAAUUGACCAAAUAAAAAAAUAAUGUAAAAAAAAAUACUUAGGAAUUUAUCUGCUGAGACAAACACAGGAACUAUAUGAACACAACUACAAAACACUCUCCACACAAUUAAAACUAGAUCUAAACAAUUGGAAAAACAUUGAUUGUUCCUGGGUAGGAUGAGCUAAUAUAAUAAAAAUGACAAUCCUACCAAAAUUAAUUUGCUUAUUUAGUGCCAUACCCAUUGAACUACAAAAAAAUUUUCUUACUGAAUUAGAAAAAAAAACAAACAUAGUUUAUUUGGAAGAACAAAGAUCAAGGGUAUCCAGGGAAAUAAUGGGUUGGUUUCUUUCUUAAGGCAGUCUGUAAAUUCUUUCCAUUGCCAUUUCAUUUUCUAUGGUCCUGAAGUUCUUGCUAGUACUCUUUGAUUGUUAUUGUGGUUAUUGUGUUCAUUUUUUUAUCUGUUGUGUUCUUCUGGUGACCUCUGACCUUUAACUUGUCUGUGUUCCUCCCAUCUGAGAUCAGGAUGUUUGCCUUUGUAAGUGGGAAGAUUUUGUAUUACCUUUGUUGACUUUUCUUCUAGGUUGUCCUUCCCUUCUGUGGACUUCCACUCCAAAUCUCUUAUUCUCAAGUUCUAGGUUUUGUAUUUUCUUCACCCCAAGGUUGUAACAAACUAAUGUAAAAGGUAAUUCUUGGUUCUCUUUGUUUAUUCUGAGUUUACACUUGUGAAAGGGGGAUUCUUUAUUCUCUUUUGCCUAUUUGGAGUUAAAACUUUGGUUAACAAUAACUUAAAUAUCCCUACUUAGAUUGUCUCACUACUUUGAAUUAAUCAACAAAAGCAGAUUCACCCAUACUUAACCCUAAAAUAAGGGAAACUCUUACUUCAGGUGUUUACACCUCCAAAAAGAAGACACCUCUACUUAAGGUUAACAACCUUAGUUAGUCUGCAACCCAGAUGCUAAACUGAGUGAUAACUCAGAAAUGUGUAAAUCCUAGGAGGAGAGUUAACACCUUUAGAGGGGACAACUCAGUCCCAGAGACACUGCCCCUGGGCAAGACUGGACAAUUUGGAAACUGUGAUUGGCCCCUGUGAAGAGGGGCAGGAACAAGAAAGCACCAUAAAAGCCAGGAAGUCCUUGAGCUGGGACAGUCUUAUGAAGUUGAGUCUUGUGGAGAGUGUCUCCUGGAGAUAGUUUUCUUUGGGAGGUGGUGACAUUCCAGGACGUGGCUGUGGACUUCACCCGGGGGGAGUGGCGCCUCUUGUCCCCUCCCCAGAAGGAGCUGUACAAGGAGGUGAUGCUGGAGAAUGCCUGGAACCUGCUCUCUGUAGGGCUUGCCGUUCCCAGAGACGUGAUCUCUUACGUGGAGCAAAGGGAAGCCCCGUGGAGGCUGGAGCAGGAAGGCCUGAGGAGCUGCUCUCCAGGAGAGAUCAGACCUGAAAUGAAAGUGACUCCAAUAGAUGUGAGCCUUUCUGUGGAAGAAAGUGACCGACAAAGAUUCAUGAGUGAUGGUCCCGAUAAAUUAUCUUGGAGAGAAUUCUGUGUUGAAUCCCAAAAUUCAUCCCUUAUUGAACCUCAAAGAAUGCACACUGAGCAAAAAUCUAGUGAAUGUAAUCAGUGCAAAAAGACUUUUAUGCACAGGGCCAGUCUUGCUGCACAUCAGAGAAUCCACACUGGGGAGAAACCUUAUGAAUGCAAGCAAUGUGGAAAGACAUUCAGUUGGAACUCUGCUCUUGCUGCACAUCAGAGAAUCCACACUGGGGAGAAACCUUAUGAAUGCAAGCAAUGUGGAAAGACAUUCAGUCAGAUUUCCCACCUUACAGUACAUCAUGGAAUCCACACUGGGGAGAAACCUCAUAAGUGCAAGCAAUGUGGAAAGACAUUUAGACUAAGCUCUAGUCUUGUUGUACAUCAGAGAAUUCACACUGGGGAGAAACCUUAUGAAUGUAAGCAAUGUGGAAAGACAUUCAGUCAGAGCUCCCAUUUUUCAGGACAUCUGAGAAUCCACAGUGGGGAGAAACCUUAUGAAUGCAAGCAAUAUGGAAGGCCAUUCAAACACAACUACUCUCUUGCCCUACAUCAGAGAAUCCACAGUGGGGAGAAACCGCAUGAAUGCAAGCAAUGUGGAAAGAAAUUUAUAUAUAGCUACUCUCUUACUGCACAUCAGAGAGUUCACACUGGUGAGAAACCUUAUGAAUGCAAACAAUGUGGAAAGACAUUCAGUGGGAUCCUUAGUCUUGGUGUACAUCAGAGAAUUCAUACUGGGGAGAAACCUUAUGAAUGCAAGCAAUGUGGAAAGACAUUCAAUCGGAGCUGUAGUCUUGGUAUACAUCAGAAAAUCCACACUGGGGAGAAACCUUAUGAAUGCAAGCAAUGUAGAAAAACAUUCAGAAAAAUUUCCAGUCUUGUUAGACAUCAGAGAAUCCACAGUGGUGAGAAACCUUAUGAAUGCAAGCAAUGUGGAAAGACAUUCAGAAACAUUUCCAGUCUUGGUCGACAUCAGAGAAUCCACACUGGGGAGAAACCUUAUGAAUGCAAGCAAUGUGGAAAGACAUUCAGUCGGACUUGUAGUCUUGCUCAACAUCAGAGAAUCCACACCGGGGAAAAACCUUAUGAAUGCAAGGAAUGUGGGAAGACAUUCAGACUAAGCUCAGUUCUUGCUCAACAUCAGAAUAUCCACACUGGGGAGAAACCUUAUGAAUGCAAGCAAUGUGGAAAGACAUUCAGUCAGCGCUCCCAUCUUGAUAAUCACCAGAGAAUUCACACUGGGGAGAAACCUUAUGAAUGCAAACAGUGUGGAAAGACAUACCGUGGGAGCUCCUAUCUUGCUAUCCAUCAGAGAACACACACUGGGGAGAAACCUUAUGAAUGCAAGGAAUGUGGAAAGACAUUCAGAAACAGUUCCAGUGUUGCAGUACAUCAGAGAAUCCACUCUGGGGAGAAACCAUAUGAAUGCAAACAAUGUGGAAAGACAUUCAGAAACAGUUCUAGUCUUGGCCGACAUCAGAGAGUCCACACUGGGGAGAAACCUUAUGACUGCAAGCAAUGUGGAAAGACAUUCAGUCGGAGUUGUAGUCUUGCUCAACAUCAGAGAAUCCACACUGGGGAAAAACCUUAUGAAUGCAAGGAAUGUGGGAAGACAUUCAGACUGAGCUCCAGUCUUGCUCAACAUCAGAAUAUCCACACAGGGGAGAAAACUUACGAAUGCAAUCAAUGUGGAAAGACAUUCUAUGGGAGCUACUAUCUAGCUAUCCAUCAGAGAAUCCACACUGGGGAGAAACCUUAUGAAUGCAAGCAAUGUGGAAAGGCAUUCAGUCAGAGCUCCAGUCUUUCUAAACAUCAGAGAAUUCACAGUGGGGAGAAACCUUAUGAAUGCAAGGAAUGUGGAAAAACAUUCCGAAGCCAUCCCAGUCUUGUUUAUCAUCGGAGAAUUCACACUGGGGAGAAACCAUAUGAAUGCAAGCAAUGUGGAAAGGCAUUCCGUGGGAGCUCCUAUCUUCUUAUCCAUCAGAGAACACACACUGGGGAGAAAGCUUAUGAAUGCAAGCAAUGUGGAAAGGAAUUCCGUGGGAUCCUUAGUCUUGCUGUACAUCAGAGAAUUCACACUGGGGAAAAACCUUAUGAAUGCAAGCAAUGUGGAAAGACUUUCAGUCGGAGUUGUAGUCUUGGUAUACAUCAAAAAAUCCACACUGGGGAGAAACCUUAUGAAUGCAAAUGUUAAGGGGGAUUUUCUUUUUGAAAAAAAAUUUUUUUAAUUAGAUGAUUUAGAAUAUUUUCCCAUGGUUACCAGACUCAUGUUCUUUCCCUUCCCCCUAUCCCUCCUGAAGCUGUCAUGCAAUUCCACUGGUUUUAACAUGUGUCAUUGAUCAAGACCUAGUUCCAUAUUAAUAUUUGCACUAGAGUGGUCUUUUAGAGUUAAAGAGAUUUUCUUAAUAUCUUUCUGCCUCCUUAAGAGGCUAGAGAGCAGAAUUUCUUAGUAGACCUGAAGUGACAGGCAUCAGUGAACCACAGUUGAAGAUAUUAUUACCAGGGAGACCAGGAUUGAGGGGAAGUAGUAGACUACUCUUUGACAUGAAGUGAUGGGGGGUGGGGGGACAGUUGGUCAGUGAGGGCACAAAGGAAGCAGCCAUGGGAAGUUCUUUUGCCUCUUGGCUCUCUAGAGGGCAGGAGGUCUAUCUCUGAGGUAAGGGGCUACUGGUAGUUGGCUGCUGAUAGUUGGGUUGCUAUAGAAAACUGAUUGAAGCAGUGAGUGAGUGAUGGCUGGCUAUUAUUUUAGGUAGUUAGGUAAUAAUUUAUAGAGUAGAAUACAUUAGGCCUGGUGUGCCAGGCAGAAGAAUCUUUCCUGAGUAGAAAUAGGUUUUAGGAAAUUUUAGGUAGUAUUAGGAAUUUUAGGCAUAUUAAUAAGGUAUAAGAUUAAUAAGCUUUUUCUAUUUUAUUUAUCUGUACUUUUUUCUUAAAUUAAAGUUUCUGUUAAAUUGUU